AGGAGGAGACAGCGGGGAAAGGUGUCAGAUAAAGGAGGGCUCUCCUCCGGUUUGGAGGCAUCAUGGCCGCUAAGUCAGACGGGAGGCUGAAAAUGAAGAAGAGCAGCGACGUGGCGUUCACCCCGCUGCAGAACUCGGACCACUCGGGCUCGGUGCAGGGAUUGGCUCCGGGCUUGCCGUCGGGGUCGGGAGCCGAGGACGAGGAGGCGGCCGGGGGCGGCUGCUGCCCGGACGGCGGCGGCUGCUCGCGCUGCUGCUGCUGCUGUGCCGGGAGCGGCGGCUCGGGCGGCGGCUCCGGGGGCUUGGGCGGCCCGGGCGGCGGCGUUGGCGGCCCGGGCGGCAGCGGGGCGGGCUCGGCGGCGCUGUGCCUGCGCCUGGGCAGGGAGCAGCGGCGCUACUCGCUGUGGGACUGCCUCUGGAUCCUGGCCGCCGUGGCCGUGUACUUCGCGGACGUGGGCACGGACAUCUGGCUCGCCGUGGACUACUACUUGCGCGGCCAGCGCUGGUGGUUCGGGCUCACGCUCUUCUUCGUGGUGCUCGGCUCGCUGUCGGUGCAAGUGUUCAGCUUCCGCUGGUUCGUGCACGAUUUCAGCACCGAGGACAGCGCCACGACCGCAGCCGCCUCCAGCUGCCCGCAGCCUGGAGCCGAUUGCAAGACUGUGGCCAGCAGUGGGUCUGCAGCCGCGGAAGGCGAGGCUCGUCCUUCCACGCCGCAAAGGCAAGCGUCCAACGCCAGCAAGAGCAACAUCGCCGCCGCCAACAGCGGCAGCAACAGUAGCGGGGCCACCCGGGCCAGCGGCAAACACAGGUCUGCGUCCUGCUCGUUCUGCAUCUGGCUCCUGCAGUCACUGGUCCACAUCUUGCAGCUCGGGCAGAUCUGGAGAUAUUUCCACACCAUAUACUUAGGUAUUCGAAGCCGGCAGAGUGGGGAGAAUGACAGAUGGAGGUUUUACUGGAAAAUGGUGUAUGAGUGUGCAGAUGUGAGUAUGCUGCAUUUGCUAGCCACCUUUCUGGAAAGUGCUCCACAGCUGGUCCUGCAGCUCUGCAUUAUCGUACAGACUCAUAGCUUACAGGCCCUCCAAGGUUUCACUGCGGCGGCCUCCCUCGUGUCUUUGGCUUGGGCCCUGGCCUCUUACCAGAAGGCCCUCCGGGACUCUCGAGACGACAAGAAGCCCAUCAGCUACAUGGCCGUCGUCAUCCAGUUCUGCUGGCAUUUCUUCACCAUUGCCGCCAGAGUCAUCACUUUCGCCCUCUUCGCCUCGGUUUUCCAGCUCUACUUCGGGAUCUUCAUCGUCCUCCACUGGUGCAUCAUGACCUUCUGGAUCGUACACUGUGAGACAGAAUUCUGUAUCACCAAAUGGGAAGAGAUUGUGUUCGACAUGGUGGUGGGGAUCAUCUACAUUUUCAGCUGGUUCAACGUCAAGGAAGGCAGGACUCGCUGUAGGCUCUUCAUUUACUACUUUGUGAUUCUUUUGGAAAAUACAGCCUUGAGUGCCCUCUGGUACCUCUACAAGGCUCCCCAGAUCGCAGACGCGUUUGCCAUCCCGGCGCUGUGUGUGGUGUUCAGCAGCUUUUUAACUGGCGUCGUUUUUAUGCUGAUGUAUUAUGCCUUCUUUCACCCCAACGGACCCAGGUUCGGGCAGUCACCAAGCUGUGCUUGUGAGGACCCAGCCGCCGCCUUCACUCUGCCUCCAGAGGUGGCCACGAGCACGCUCCGGUCCAUCUCCAACAACCGCAGCGUCGCCAGCGACCGCGACCAGAAAUUUGCAGAGCGGGACGGGUGCGUCCCUGUCUUUCAGGUGAGGCCCACGGCCCCGUCCACUCCAUCGUCUCGCCCACCACGGAUUGAAGAAUCUGUCAUUAAAAUUGACCUGUUCAGGAAUAGGUACCCAGCGUGGGAGAGACACGUUUUGGACCGAAGCCUCCGGAAGGCCAUCUUAGCCUUUGAAUGUUCCCCGUCUCCUCCAAGGCUGCAGUACAAAGAUGAUGCCCUUAUUCAGGAGCGGCUGGAGUAUGAAACCACUUUAUAAAAUAGAAGGCUUUGGAGGGGCCACAACCUCCAGGUGAAGGGGUGACAGCGGGGCCGUGGCAAUAAUGAAACUCCGUCCUAGACCAGGGCAGAGAGCUGUAAUGCGCUUAGUGUGACCGCCCAUCAGCUGGCUGCCCUGCUGUGGUCUCCUUUCCAAACAGCAGCUGAAGGGAACAUGGCGGCUUAGGAGGACUUCUCGUUGCUACCAGCCCUCCUGUCCACUCUCAGCGUGUCCACCAGAGGGUACAAUUAUCACGGAAAAUGUUGCCUCCAAUCAAUAGGGUGUUUUGAUGGAGUCAACUGAUCUUUGCAGAAAAAUCUAUUCAGUCACACACAUACACACACACACACGCACACACCUGCUAAUACACACACGGCACCAGUCCUCUGUCAAAACAGCUUAGGUGAUUUUUCUUGAUGCAAAGCUCUGAUUCUGAAUAUAAAAACAAAGAGAGAGAGAGAGAGAGAGAGAGAGAGAACAUACCCCUCAAGACUCCAGGAAAAAAACACAAAUAGUACCACUUAGAAAAGAAUUCAUAGACCAUUCUCAUUCGGAAACUGACACCAUGUGUGAAAAUCCUACCCAGUGGACAGCAAACUCAACUGUUGUUUACAUGUGUAUUAGAAUCAAUGGAAUGGUUCGUUUUCCACACAUUUCGGGAUUUGUCUUUUCGUUUCAAGUUUCCGUUGAGAACAUCCUUUCUGCCAGAAAUCCUAUGCAGCGCAUCUGUGGCUUUUGACAAGGCCAAGGAGCUCGAGAAGUUCGGGAGGUACACGAAACGGUGAUCGCGAGUCAGUAUUCAGUUGCAGACGUGUAAUAAAUCCCUGAAGAGGAAGCACGGGAAAAACAAGGCAAAAACGAGCGUCAGAUUUCCCGGCCUGUGCGGCUCACACUGGCAUGUAAGUGCAGGGGCAGAAGAGGGACAGGCUGACCCGGAUGUUACAAGACGCGGAAAAGCGUGGCUCCGUGUGAGCACGUGCCGGGCCACACCCACCUAGUGCCAAACACCGUCCAACCACAGGACUGACGUGCAAGUCCCAAACACCUGAGAACGAGUGGCCUGAGCCCCCCCCCUCCCAAACGCGGACGUGAGAGUGCACCAUCAAGUUCCCCACUGUGUACAGACU